AUGGAUACCUAGAUUGGAGUUGAGGGUACAAGUACAAACGAAGAUACGACACGUGUAAUCCGAGUCUCCAAACAUCCCAUAUAAAAAAUCGUAAACCCCCCUUUGCUCAUUCUCCUCUCAAACCCUCCUCCUAUUUCUGAGGCCUCUUCUUCCUCCUGCUCACAUCCACCACACAUCGGCCGUUAAUUCACUCCGCAACCCCCAGAUCUCUCACUUUCCGAUCUCAAGAUGGUGUCAGAUGCGAGCAAGAAGAAGGCGCUACAGAAGAAGGCGGCCGCCGCCGCCAAGAGAGGAGGUAAAGCAGCCGCCGCCGCCACUUCCGCUAAGGCGGCGGCUGUUGGUACGAUGAACGGCAGUUCCAGCUCGGAUAAUUUGUCCAAUGGGAUGGGGAAUCUUACGAUCUCUGACCGUACUUGUACUGGUGUUCUUUGUUCUCACCCCUUGUCUAGGGAUAUUAGGAUCGAGUCUUUGUCCUUAACUUUCCAUGGGCACGAUCUUCUUCUCGAUACCGAGCUGGAGCUUAACUACGGGAGACGUUAUGGUUUGCUUGGGUUGAACGGCUGUGGGAAAUCGACUCUUCUUACUUCACUCGGAUUGCGCGAACUUCCGAUCCCCGAACAAAUGGACAUAUUCCAUCUCACAAGAGAGAUCGAAGCUUCUGACAUGUCGUCGCUUGAGGCAGUGAUGAAUUGUGACGAAGAGAGGCUGAAAUUGGAAGAAGAAGCCGAACGCUUAGCUGGACAGGAUGCUGGUGGCGGUGAAGCACUUGAUCGUAUCUACGAACGUUUGGAUGCUAUGGAUGCAUCCACUGCGGAGAAACGUGCUGCUGAGAUUUUAAACGGUUUGGGUUUCAACAAACAAAUGCAAGCAAAGAAGACACGGGAUUUUUCUGGUGGUUGGAGAAUGAGAAUUGCGUUGGCGCGUGCUUUGUUUAUGAACCCAACUGUUUUGCUGCUCGAUGAACCCACAAAUCAUCUUGAUCUCGAGGCCUGUGUCUGGCUGGAAGAAACGUUAAAGAAGUUUGAGCGGAUACUCGUUGUUGUGUCGCACUCUCAAGAUUUCUUGAACGGUGUAUGCACUAACAUUAUACAUAUGCAAAGUAGGAAACUGAAGAUGUAUACCGGUAAUUUUGACCAAUACGUUCAGACCCGUUCGGAACUCGAAGAGAAUCAGAUGAAGCAAUACAAAUGGGAGCAGGACCAGAUCGCUAACAUGAAGGAGUACAUAGCCCGGUUCGGACACGGGUCUGCUAAGUUGGCUCGACAGGCUCAGAGCAAGGAGAAGACGUUAGCCAAGAUGGAACGUGGCGGUCUAACCGAAAAGGUGUCGCGCGAUAAGGUUUUGGUGUUUCGGUUCGUUGAUGUCGGCAAGCUUCCACCACCUGUUCUUCAGUUUGUUGAGGUUACCUUCGGUUACACACCCGAUACCCUCAUCUACAAGUCCAUCGACUUCGGUGUUGAUCUCGAUUCCCGUGUGGCGUUGGUGGGACCGAACGGAGCGGGUAAGAGUACGCUUCUAAAGCUGAUGACAGGGGAGUUGGUUCCUCUUGACGGCAUGGUGAAGCGUCACAACCAUUUGAAGAUCGCGCAAUACCACCAGCAUUUAGCCGAAAAGCUCGAUCUCGAAAUGUCGGCUUUGCUGUAUAUGAUACGCGAGUACCCGGGUAACGAAGAGGAAAAGAUGCGGUCAGCUAUCGGAAGGUUCGGGCUAACCGGAAAAGCCCAAGUGAUGCCGAUGAAGAACUUAUCAGACGGUCAAAAGAGCCGUGUGAUUUUCGCGUGGUUAGCUUUCCGACAACCACAAAUGCUGCUUUUGGACGAGCCGACUAACCAUCUGGAUAUUGAAACGAUUGACUCGUUAGCGGAGGCUUUGAACGAGUGGGACGGUGGUAUGGUGCUGGUGAGUCAUGACUUUAGGUUGAUUAACCAGGUGGCGAAGGAGAUAUGGGUGUGUGAGAAUCAAACGAUAACGCGAUGGGAAGGUGACAUCAUGGGAUUCAAAGAGCACUUGAGGAGUAAGUCUGGUCUAUACGAUUAGAUCAUAGUGUCCGCAUAAAAGGUGUGUUCUUAUGGACCGGCAUGCUGUCGUGGGACUAUGAGAUAAUAGGAUGUGGAAUUUUAGGGGAUCUUGAACUUUUUUCAUCCUUUUUCGGACACCUGUUUUUAAUUUUUAGUUGCACUAUAUUUUGAAUUUUGUUUUGCCAACAAAGAACAUAUCAUAUGCCUUCGGCUUUCGUACUUAUAUUGCUACAAUUUUAUUGAAGAGUGUAAUACGUACUUCUAUGUUUAUUUGAAUUUUGUUUGUUUA